GUAACAACACUUAACGCUAAAUGUUUAGCUUCAGUGGCGGAACGUUUGUUCUCAGGAACAGAUAAAGAAAUGACAGUCGGACAUUAUUGAGACGCACACACAGAUGACGCAUGCGCAGAAGGCACAUCAACGGUCUGACGAGGAGACCUUUAACUCUGCUGCAGCUGCUGAAGAUUACAGUUUUAUUAUCAUCCAGAGAUCCCAGCGUUAAUGAUACCUGUCUACUAACACAGCACAGUUAAAUAACAUUAAUACCAGCUUGUCUUCUAUCUGUAUCAGCUGUCUGUAGCUCUCUCCCUGCAGCAGCAGGAUCAUGUUUACCUCCCAGACCUCGUCCUCGUCCUUCCAGGACUCCAUCGACGUGGAGGAGAGAGAUGACUUUGACAGCGAGGAGAUCUCUGGAUACAGCCAGAAGACACAGCUCAACUGCUACUACACCAUCUAUCUGUAUCAGGGCACCAGAUCUGAGGCUUCUGGGGAUAAUGUGACAUGGAACCAGAGACGAGCAGACUCCACAACCAGUCAGGAAGACUUUAGCCUGACGCUGAUCGACAGCAGCCUUCCAUCAGAGGCAGAACCUGAGCUGCGGACUUACAUAUCAAGGAGGCUGAGCAAAGGUGCCCUGCUGGGAGGCAUGGGCAACAUCGCCACUGUGGAGCUGAGUAUCCCCGAGCAGGCAGUCGGAUGCUACUGCUGUCUCCUGGAGCAGGAACGUUCUCCUGAACAGCCGGAUGCUGAUGGGAACGGACACGUCAUCUGCUUUAUGGGCGGCUCUGAAAAAGGACUCAACUUAUUUAGAUUAGAGCUCGAUAAAUACGUCCAAGGUCUGCACAGCAGCCUGCAAACCCCAGAGCUGCAGAACCUUGAGACGGAGGUGCGUCCCUAUCUGAGCCGGUGGUACGAGGAGUCUGUGAUGCACAUUUAUCGAGUGGUACAGCUGGUCCAGAGAGACAUCAGCUUCUUGCUGCAUGCUGCUCUGAGUCACACACAUGUGGAGGUCAAUAACUCAGAUGAGAGGACGAAGGCUGAUGUGUCCAGGUUCAUCAAAGCAGCCAGUCUGCUUGGUCUGUCCCAACAAGACACCACGACAGCGUCUCUGUGUAAGGCCAUCUCAGAGGACACACUCUCUGACCUGGUCAUAGACUGCUCCGCCAGCCCGCCCACGCUCUCUAACACGGUCAGUAACCGUUUCUGUGACGACUGGAUUCAGGCAUUUCUCAACGCCGCAGAGCGUUGUAACCCGUUCCUGCUCCGACAGAUUCUGGAGAACUUCAAACUUAAGGCCAUCCAGGACAUGAACAGCCUGAAGCGUUUUGUGCGGCAGGCGGAGAUGAGUCACUACGCCCUGUUUCGCUGCUGCCAGUUCCUGCAGGGCUGCGGAAACGGCGACGUGCUGCUGCAGAACGCCAAAUCGGAGCACAGCGACCUGCCCGAAGCCUGCAGCAUCAUCUCUGUCCUGGAGGAGUUCAUCAAGGAACAAUCCCAGGCCCAGGCCUGAUUCCUUGAUAAAUCUAACUCCAACCCAAGCACUACAUCCCAUGUUCAACAUUGAAAAUUUAGCUGUGGGGAAAUUUAGAAUCUGCCGGCUGUUGUGGCGGAUUCAGAAUUUAAAUCUAAGUGUGCUGUGCAGCUUCUCAGCUAGAAGAGAGGCGGUCACAUCUGGAAUAUGUACUGUAAAAUACUGACAGCUUCCCUCAACAAGUGUCUUUCUUUGGGGCUUAUAAUAGUUUAUCGACUCACCACUGCAAUUAUCUUAACAAUUAGGGUUAGCUGCUAAUUGGAGAUGAUAGUAAAACUGACCUCAGUGUAGAUCUAGUUGUAGAUCUAGUUGUAGAUCUAGAUGUAGAGUGGCACUUUCCCCAAUCUUUUUCCUUUUGUAAUUUCUGUGUUGGGUGAAUGUGUAUAACAGAUCUUUGAACCAAAUACUAUUACUAUUGUUUUGCUAACUGACAAUGAUCACAACACAGAACUGAUCCAAACUAAAGCUUCUACUCACUGGAGUGGACUUAUCUAUUAUUUGAUGUCCAAAUAUAAUUUUGUAUUUUAGUUGGUUGUAUUAGUUUUCUUUUGAGAAUGCACAAAUCACUUUUAUGCAUUGCUUGUUACAUAGGCCUCGUUUCCCCUGCACUACAAUAUCAUGUUUGUCUAAUGAAUACAGCUACUGUAUGUGUGUAUAUAUAUGUAUGUCUAUCAAGUGAUAUUAGAUGUAAAUUGAAUCCUUCUCUGUGAAGACAGUGUUGUAGAUAUACGGUGGAACUUUUGAAUAUAAUUUUCUGUUUACAAAAAUCUCAACAGCAUUCACCAGCUACAGACCUGAUGAGAACAUGUGACUCACUGCAUUUACUACAUUUACUAAGCUUUUGUUUAGUUUACAAAGGUUCCACAAUAUUAAUACCCACAGAAAAAAAAAUGCUCUAAAGAGAAGAGGGUAGAUGAUUUAUAAAAGUGCUCAGAGUAAAUGUUGGUAUGCCUAAGUUUUAUUUUAUUUUCAUAGUGUACCUGCAGCAAGUUUUUGUACUCCAUUAAGCUCAAACCAUUCCCAUUCAAACCAGUCCAAAGUGUGUAAUACAGCAAUAUGGUCGGUGGUGUAUACUUUUAAAACUGUGAAGCAGGUGACAUGUAAGUGUGAACCAUGGUGUGACUGACUCACAGUGCGUUGAAAUGCGUCUGUAGUUAUAAAUGUUGUUCUUGGUCUUGUAUAGAAGAAGCUAAAAUAAACACCACAGGUGAACCUA